AUGGUCCUCCUGCUUGUGUCUGUCACUGUGCUGCACCUGGUCACACUGGCUAUGCUCUUCACCGCCAUUCUGGAGAAGUCUGUCCAGGCCCUGAUGGUCCUCACCGUGGUCUUCUCCUCCGUCUCCUUCCUGGUGUUCCUGGGACAGCUCUUCACCAUGUCCACUGGAGGUCUCUUCUACUUCACUGGGCUUUGCCAGAUCUGUGCAGGGUUGACAGACUUUGCUGCUUGUCUCAUCUUCACGUUCCACCGCAAGGAGGUCCUGGACGAGGCCCGGGAGUCCAGCACCUCUCACUUUGGUUACUGCUUCAUCCUGUCCUGGCUCUCCAUGCCUCUGCUGGUUGUUAGCGGUGUUCUGUACAUCCACCUGCGCAAGAAGCAGUGA